AUGGCGGACGGAGAUAAAGUCUCCAUCUCUCAUAAUGAGAUGCCAAUGACUCCAGAGCCAACUAUAUCACCGCUAGUUGAGGAAGAGCCAGCCGGCGCCUACCAGGUGCGAUGGAAGACACUCAUGGCUGUAUUCGCUCUGUCCAUGGCGAACUGUUGCGCUGCUAUAGCUAAUACGACCAAUACCAUUAUUCACUUCCAAGUCAUGGACUUGGGGGACGCCGGAAUGCAGGCCUGGAUUUCGAAUGCUAAUCUUUUGGUGACUCUGGCCUUCGGGCCGGUCUUGGGCUCCCUGAGCGAUCGCUUCGGCAAGAAAUGGUUCAUCGUCAUAGCAAGCAUCAUCGGUAUUGUCGGUUCCGUAGUGUCUGGCUCGGCCAAGUCAAUAACAACCAUUAUCAUUGGCAACAUCUUGACUGGCCUCGCUAAUGCGGGCUGUAUUAUGGGUGUACCUGCGGGCCAAGAAGUGACUCCCAACAAGCUCCGUCCAUGGACGAUGGGCUUCUCCCAAACUAUGGCCAGCUGUGCUGUCAUCGCUGGUACCCUUGGUGCAGGUGCCUUCGUCAAGUACCAGACCUGGCGGUGGUCUUACUACCUCAACGCCUUUGUCUACGGCACCACCACUGUAUUGGUAACCUGCUUUUACCAUCCUCCGCCCACCACCCUGCGCCGCCAGCAGUCCCGCCUAGACGACCUGUUCGCCCAAGUCGAUUACUUUGGAAUCAUGCUGUUUGUGGGAUCUAUCGCAUCUGUAAUGAUCGGAUUGACCUGGGGAGGAAACACAUACCCAUGGAGCUCCAGCCAGGUUCUCGCAUCCCUGGUUAUUGGCUGCGUUGGUCUGCUUGCUUUCGGCCUCUACGAAAGGCUGUUCACGCGCCAAGGUAUCUUCCAUCACGACAUGUUUGUCUCUCGCAACUUCCCGAUCCUGCUGUUUGUCUGCGUUGUUGAUGGCAUGCUUCUACUGGGCGUCAAUGUUCUCUUUUCUCAACAGAUUGCCUCCAUGUUCACUACGGAUGCCGUCAAGAUCGCCACUAUCCUGACUCCGUACCUGGCAACUUCAGCCUUUGGCUGCCUGCCCGCCGGCAUAUUAAUGGCACGAACCAAGUCAUACAGGACUAUUUUGGUAGCUUCACUGAUUUGGUGCAGCCUGUUCGUAGGCCUUAUGGCACUACUUAACCCUAGUAGACUAUCCUGGGCCUAUGCGUUCUCUGCACUUUUUGGAUGCGGAACUGCGGUCACCACUGUGAUUCCAGUGGUCGCGUUGUCCCUUUCCGUGCCGUCUUACCUGCUUGGCACCGCAGGAACCCUCAGCGUGUCCGGUCGUGCCCUUGGCGGCGCCAUUGGCAUCACCAUCUUCACAUCCAUCUAUCACAACAAGAUGGGCACCGCACUACCAAAAGCUGUUGGCUCGGUUCUUGCAGCCGCGGGGCACUCAAGCCUGCUUCCAGACGUGCUGAGCGCCAUCAACAGCGGAAACCCAACUGCCCUGAAACAUGUGUCUGGCCUACCAGCGUCCCUGAUCCCCGAAGUCCUCGCCGCAAACGAUCAUGCCAAUACGUACUCGUGGAGGUUUGUGUGGAUUGCUAUCUCUGUCGUCGUGGCGGCAAAUGCAGUCGCUGCGUGCUUCCUUAAGUCGGUUGCUUCUCAGAUGAACAGCCAUGUUGAGUCUGCUCUGGAAGAUUCGGAUGUCCGUCGGAAGCAAAUGCGCGAUAUUUAA